AUGGACGUGGAGGUCCCUAUAAAUUGCACGGUGGGUCAGUUGCGUGAGUACCUCAUCGGGUAUUACGGCUACAUGCCGGCGACGUCUCUUGUCUACAACGGGCACGUUGUUGGGGAUGACCGUCUCGUGCAGGAGUUCCCGUUUGGGUCGCUUGUGCUUGUCAGCCCACAGGACGGGGCCCAGUGGUGCUUCCCGGCGCAGCAGCGUCCUCAGUCACAACACAACCAGAGACAGUACCGUGCUCAGCGGCAACAUCAGCAGCAUCAACAUCAGCAGCAUCAACAACUGCAGCGUCCCGGUUCACGUGUGCGGCAGCAGCAGCAGUACCACCCGCGUCAGCAAGAAACACAACAGAAACAGCAACGAGAACGGGAAGAUCAACUUGGCCUCGAUUUGCGUGAGCCGACGAGUGAGGCGGUGGAUGCGUUGUCUGGAUCUAUGCACAGUCGGGGUUAUUCAAACUCCAUGCAUUCAGGCGGAAUGAGAACACCACGCAAUAACAAUGACAAAAAACAGCCUGGUCGCUUCGGUGAGCCUGAAAAAUCGGAUCCUCACCAGUCUACUCCUCCACAGCGAAGUCCAUACCGCAAUAUACUCGACGAAAAAAAGAAUUAUUCUAACUCGAUGGGGAAUCAUCCUCGUUCAACUGCUCCAGUACAAAGCACAAAUGAAAACAGCUCACCGCCCAAGUCGCCUCUGCUUCAUCCCCAAGUCACGGCUUCAACGCAUGCGUCGCCGAGUCAUCGGGACUCCAAUGCCGAGGCGACAAAGGCGUCCUCGGACGCUGCAAGUGACGCGGCACCCAUAGCCCCGCGGAUAUCACUCAAGUGUAUGGCUCCUGCACUGAAUAAGAGCAUUCGUCUGGAGUUGCCUUCUGACGCCACACUUGGGGACUUGUUGCUGGAAGUUCUGUCCCAAGAGCCGCGCCUUGCUGGCGCCAAAGUAGUGUUUCGCGGGAAAGUACUGAGUGGGUCCGAUGCUAGGCUGAACUCUUAUGGGAUCAAAGGUGGUGCGCCUCCCGCGUCCUUGAUUUCAAUAAAUCCCGAUGCAUCCGGCCUGUACACGCUGUACUUUGCCUCCGAUGUAUACAGCGAGCCCCAGAAGGCUAUGCUUCUCGAGAUCGAGGGGGAUAUAGCAAGUAUUGAGGCAACUGUUAAAGGCGGGGACUUGCCAAUGCAGCGGCGUAAAGGUUACUACGAGGAGCUGAUGCGUAUUCUCUUCAGGACGGAUAAUCUGCAGGACCUUGAGGGUGAGUGGCGUUCCAGGCGAAAGGAUGCUGUUGUGCGUGUGACAGAGCUGCAGGACAUGUUAAAUGUAGAGAGUGUUUCCUAA